AUGGCUUCUACUAAAAAGGAUGACCGAGGGAUAACUAUGGAAGAGGGAGAAGAGAAGAAAGCUAUGAAUUUAGAUACAAUUCUAGUAAAUGAAAUUGGCCAAAUAGGUUGGUUCCAAUUACGGAUAAUGGGUUUGGCUAUAUCGAUGGCCAUCUUUGCUGCUUGGGCUGCUGCUGAAUUUAAUUUUACGACCGCACGUAUUCCUACCAGAUGCCUUAUUCCAGAGUGUGAGACAGAGGAAUCGUUUGACUUUAGAGCUUCGUGGGUUCUCAACGCUAUUCCACAAGCUGGAAAUUCCUUCGAUCAAUGUAGGCGCUACCGAAACAUUAGUUCCACCAUUACCCGGCAAGAUAAUUGCCCGGCUGAGUGGUUUAACUCUGAUAGUAUCAAAGACUGUGAAGUGCAUCUCUAUGAGAACACAGAUACUGUCGUCCAUACUUUCGGACUAGCUUGCGAUGAAUGGCGCCGCACAUUAAUUGGUUCAAUUCGAACGCUUGGUACAUUGGUGGCACUCCCGAUCACAGGUUACAUCUCGGAUCGCUGGGGUCGCCGAACUGCUCUUAGCAUCAACGGUUUCACUACAGCUUGGAUGGGUAUCGUGCGUUACUGGUCUAACACUUACGUCGGUUUUCUAAUUUCUGAAGUAGUAGAAUCCAUGUUCUCCGGAGGAUUUUCUUGUGCCUAUAUAAUAUUGAUGGAGCUGAUGGGUCCUAAAUAUAGAGUAGCGGCUGGAGCAUCCUUGAACACAUCAUUUUCGAUUGGCUUAGUGCUCCUUGGCUUCAUAGCGUGGGGUGUGCCAGACUGGCGAAACCUAACCCUUGCGCUUUACAUCCCACAGCUUCUUACUUUCUCAUAUUUCUUCCUCAUGGCUGAAUCAGUUAGGUGGUACAUGAGUAAAGGUCGUUUUGAGGAAGCAGAAAAAGUCCUCAAAAACGCAGCGCGUGUCAAUAAAAAAGAGCUCUCAGAGAAAUCUUUGGAAUUACUGAGAGAGCACGCUCUAGAAGAGGAGAGGAAGAAGGCUGAUGAAUUAGCUCGAAGUGAACCUGAGCCAUGGCUGGUGGUGCUGGUGUUCAGACACAAGAGGAUCCUUGUAAGAUGCAUGGUGUCUCCGGUCUGGUGGAUCACAACGACGUUCAUCUACUAUGGCAUGUCCAUCAACGCGGUCAACAUGUCCGGAAACCGGUACUUGAACUACGUGGCGGUGUCUGCGGUGGAGAUCCCCGGCUACUGGGCUGCGGUGGUGCUGAUGGCAAGGAUCGGAAGAAAGCCUGUGCUUAUUUGCGCCUUCUGGGUUUGCUGUGCUUGUCAGAUUGGAUACAUCUUUAUACCUAGUGACCAGUACGCCGCCUCCUUGUCGCUGUACCUGGUGGGCAAGUUCAGCAUCGCGAUGGUGAUGACGUCCAUCUACGUGUACACAUCCGAGCUCUACCCCACCAAGUACCGCCACAGCCUGUUCGCCUUCUCCUCCAUGAUUGGCAGGAUUGGCUCCAUCGUCGCCCCACUCACGCCGGCUUUUGGUGCCGCGGUUUGGGAUGACCUUCCGUUCGCACUGUUCGCUGGGUUCGCAUUCAUCUCUGGUUUGCUGGUGCUGGUGACUCCAGAGACGCUCGGCACCAAACUACCGGACACUAUGGAAGAGGCAUCCAAUCUAGGCCUUAAGAAGACUGACCCUUGA